AUGAAUAACGAGCAGUUUCGCCGGCUGCUAGCCGACCAGUCAUCGUCAAAACUCAAGGACCAGAGCCCAGCGCCUGGUCGCGAUGCACCGCGUGGCGGCGCAACCCCAGGCGGGUCACUGGGGUCGCGAAUGCGGUCCAGUAUUCCCAUGACCCCACGCUCAGUCACUGGUGUGGACUUUGCCCGCCAGCUCUUCGACCAACGCCGCGAGGGCGAUCGACCUUCCAAGCGAUUCAAGUCCUCCGCUGCGCCGAAGGGUACAUCGCUACCGACCGGCUAUCAGGAUCGUGCCCAAUUGCGCAAUGCAGAGGACGAAAGUGAGAGCAGCACGGGUCUAGAGGCGCGCAUAAAGGCACUAGAGGAUAUGGUUAAGUUGGGACAAAUCGACCAGGCUACCUUCGACAAACUCCGCCGAGACCUCGGAGUCGGAGGUGACAUCGCGAGCACACACAUGGUCAAAGGACUGGAUAUGGAUUUGUUGAAGAGGAUCAGAGCUGGUGAGGACGUGUCGCAAGCGGCCGAAAAGCCUGCGCCGCUCCCCGAAAAAGAAGACGUAGAUGAGGAAUUCGAGCGUAUGAUGGAAGAGAAGGGACUUGAGGAGCUUGCUGCUGCACCAAAGCAACAGAAAGAAAAGAAGAAGGGGACCAUGGCACCGCCGCCUGCUAGGCCCAAGACCCGCGAUGAAAUCCUGCGGGAAUUGAGGGCAAGCCGUGCUGCUGCUGCUGCGCCUGCUCCGCCGCCGGAGUCGAUACUCGGCUCAAAAUUCAAGAAGCUGAGCGAUGGAAAGCCGGAGAAGAAGCGGUUUGUAGAGCGUGAUGAGACCGGCCGUCGACGUGAAGUCCUCCUCAUUACUGAUGCGCAAGGAAAUACGAAGAGGAAGACUAGGUGGCUUGAUAAGCCCAUUGAAGCACCUGUGCCUGCCGAAGGAGACCUCAUGAUGCCCGAUGAAAGUCUCAAACCGCUCGGUAUGGACGUUCCAGCUGAUAUUGCUGCCCGUGCUGCUGCACAAGAGGAACCCGAAGAUGACGACAUUUUUGCUGGUGUCGGUGAUGAUUACAAUCCCCUCGCUGGUCUCGAAGACGAGUCAUCGUCCGAUGAAGAUGGUGAAAUGGCAGAGUCGGCUACUCGCAAACCUGAAAAGGCUCCCAUGACUGAAGAGAAGAAACCCGCCGCCUCUGAAACAGCACCUGGGAAACCCAAGAACUACUUUACGACUGGAACCUCGACUACAGCAGAAGAGGAGCCUGUCGACCGAUCCAACCCCCUCACCAAAGAUCCAACCAUUCUUGCUGCCCUCAAACGAGCUGCAGCCCUCCGACAAAGCUCUCCCUCAGCAGAGGGCCACGCAGACGAGUCUUCUGAGACAGCCCUUCGUCACAAGCGGUUCAUUGAAGAGGCACACCGCCGAGAGGCUAUGGAUGCUGCAGAUAUGGAUAUGGGAUUCGGAGGAAGCCGCAACGAAGACGGAGAGGAAGAGGACGAUGGUCCCCUGCUCGACUUUGACGACGACGAGCGAGGCGGGAAAAAGAGAAAGCGUGGCCCCAAGAAGAAGAAGGGUGACAAAGAUAGCGUCACGGAUAUUAUGCGUGUUGUCGAGGGUCGCAAGAAGAAGGAUUCAUGA